GAACCUUUGGUUUGGAAAAGGUAGAAAAAUAGAGGCGACAAGAAAUGCAAGUGGCAGUUAAGAAGGCCCCCAGGGCAGGUGUGGACGCGCCGCAUCCGCAGCAAUAGCUUCCGAAUUCCAGCUUAAAACUAUCCUAAAUCCCCUCCCUUCCUCUCAUUUGGAAACCACUCCCCCCUCCUCUCAAUCACCCUCACACCCCACCCCCGACCCCCCACGCUUUCCAUUUAUUCCUCCCAAACCCGCACGCACAUCCCACAUUCCCCCCCGCCUCCCGCAUUCCCGAGAACCCAGAUCGACAAUUCCAACAUGGCCCCGCGUGAGGAGAACGUGUACAUGGCGAAGCUGGCCGAGCAGGCGGAGCGCUACGAGGAAAUGGUGGAGUACAUGGAGAAAGUGUCUGCGUCGCUACCGGAGAAAGAAGAGAUGACGGUAGAGGAGCGGAAUCUGCUCUCGGUGGCCUACAAGAACGUGAUCGGCGCCCGGAGGGCGUCGUGGCGGAUUAUUUCCUCGAUAGAGCAGAAGGAGGAGUCCAGGGGGAAUGAAGACCACGUGAACACCAUCAAGGAGUACAGAUCAAAGAUUGAGACCGAGCUCUCCAAGAUCUGCGAUGGAAUUCUCAAGCUGCUGGACGACCGGCUAAUUCCCUCUGCUGCGGGUGGAGAUUCAAAAGUGUUCUAUCUCAAGAUGAAGGGUGAUUACCAUAGGUACUUGGCCGAGUUCAAGACUGGCGCUGAAAGAAAAGAGGCUGCUGAGAGCACCCUCACAGCAUACAAGGCUGCUCAGGACAUAGCUAAUGCUGAACUUGCCCCAACACACCCAAUUAGACUCGGACUGGCUCUCAACUUCUCUGUUUUCUACUAUGAGAUUUUGAACUCUCCUGACCGUGCUUGUAAUCUUGCAAAACAGGCUUUUGAUGAGGCAAUUGCUGAGUUGGAUACACUAGGCGAGGAGUCCUACAAAGAUAGCACCUUGAUAAUGCAACUUCUUCGGGACAAUCUUACUUUAUGGACCUCUGACAUGCAGGAUGAUGGGGCUGAUGAUAUCAAAGAAGCUCCCAAACCUGAAGAGGCACAACAGUGAGGUCUGCAGACUCUACAGUUGAAGUUAUGGUUAAUAAUGGUUUGGGAAAAAAUGCCAGAUGGUAGAAGGGCUUGCAAGAGGAUAAAUGGCAGCCAUAGAACAGUAUUUUCUUCCUAUUGCCUGAACUGAAGGAUUUGGAAAUGAAUAUUUGGAAUUUGUAAUCGAUUCAUAAAGCUUGUGUAAUUUCAAAUUAUAGUGAAUUUUUUAUUCUUUUA